CGCUCCGGCGGCUGGUCAACAGAACAUACUGGUAUGGGCCACAGAACCAAAUCGCACAUGUUGACAAGCCCAAGUGUUAAUGGGUGAGAAUGACAUGACGAAGAGGUCUUAAGACAAGGAAGCCGCAAACAAACAGGGCAGGUAGACUAGCACAAAGUUUCCCAAUCAAAAUUGAUUUUGUUUUGACUACCGAUCUUAGUAUUGGAUCGUUGCAUGAACCACCAUGUCAACACCAACCAAAACAAUCACGUACAGCGCGAUCGACCGCUCUAACAGUAGAGGCAGGAACAAGAAGCCACGAAGGCGAAGCAGCCGCCUCCUUGUCCUCAGAACAAAAUCACUGGAACUGGUAACAAAGUCACUGGAACUUGCAACGAGAGGUGGCUACAACAAUGACAAGGCAUCUAACAUUACACCUCCACCAGUAACAAGGCGGCAAUCCUAUAAGCGUGUGUCCUCGUCCACCAAUGAUGAUUCUACAGAGUCUGAUCAGUUCCAACAUUAUGAUGAGCAACCACAAGAAUCCAGUACUCGAGUAGCAGUUGGAAUCUGUGCCUACUUGCAGUUGCUCGUUCGCUAUCCCAUGUACCGGGCAUACUUUGUCUCACACGUGUGUCAGAAUCUUGGUGACUGGUUUGUGCGGAUUGCCAGUAUCUUGGUUGUGGAAGAGUUUAGCAGCUCUGGAAAAACCAUUGCAAACUUGUCUCUCAGUGUCUUGUUGCCCAAAGCCAUCUUUAGUCAAGUUGGUGGUGUCAUGGCAGAUAGAUUCGAUCGAAGAGUUUGCAUGAUUUGCUUGGAUCUGCUUUCAGGUGUGGUUGUCCUGGGGUAUCCUGUGGCCAUUUACUACAAGAGUUUGAACCUUAUAUAUGCUGUCACCAUUCUACGAUCAACACUGGGUGCAACAUACUAUCCAUUAACCAUGGGUAUGGUGCCACUUUUGAUUCCCCAUCCACAUGACUUGCAGUUGGCCGUAAACUUGAACGGUUUUGCCUGGAGCGCAUGUAGUAUUGUGGGUGGCUUGGUGGCAGGAGGGCUCAUGUCGCGGAUUGGAUUCCAGACAUGCUACUACAUUGACUGUGUUACAUUCUUUGUGAGCGCUGCAUGGAUGUAUUGGGGAGUCUCUGGAAACUUCACUGUUCACAACAAGGGCAAGGAGUCAUCAGCAAGUCCAACGAGUCUGGAUCUGGAUGAUGACAAUGAUGCCAGCUGCCCUGAUAAAUCUGCAAAUCUCCUUGCUGCCAUGGUUCAAACUUUCACAACAGUGACAAGGUAUCUUUCUGUGUGUGGUUUUGGCCUGCUAGUCUUUCAAAAGUGCAGUGCAAGCUUGGUUUGGGGUAUUGAAGAUGUUGUGGGAGCUGAGUUCAGUACUGUCUUUCGGGAAGAUGGCAGUGAAGAUGAGGCGCUGAGCUCUUGGCACAUGGGUUUGCUUUUCUCUGUGGUUGGAGCUGGCUGCAUGGUAGGACCUGCAUUGGUGAACUUGAUUACAGAUGCAAGAUAUCCGCACACCCUACAACGUGCGUGUUGGAUUGGAUACUGCUUCUUGACUUUGGGAUGGCUCUUGAUAUCCACGACACCCUCCUUUCCAAUGUUUUUGGUGUUUUCCUUCAUCCGUGUCAUUGGCUCAGGGAUUGCCUGGAUCAACUCAACACUGCUGUUGCAAACACUUUGUGAACCGUCAGUGCUGGGCCGGGUACUUGCAGUAGAGUACACGCUUAUGACUUUGCUGGAAGCCUCUUCCUCCAUGAUGUCUGGUUGGUUGGAAUAUGCUGCUUUCUUCUCAAAGAGUGAUCUGGCUCUGUUUGGAGCAGGUCUAGGGAUUCUGGUGAUUAUCUUCUGGGGUGUGUACUAUUUUCUUGUUCAAGGUGGUGCAGCAAGUCCAAGGUUCGCUUCCAUGGACGUGUACGCUCAGGGCCGUGGUGAUUCUGACGCCACUGGUGCUCACAAGGCAAUUGAGGUCUCCUGUAUCGAGAAAGCAAUGCAUGAAGCCGAACUCCCAGAGUCGGCCUAAUAAGUCGAUCUCCAAGACUACGCGUGUAUCGUAUGCAGUAUAGUCGUGCUUCUAUCUUGCUAUAGUAGAAAUUGAGACCCAGGGUGCCGACGUGCUUCCUCGGCAUUCAAAAGGGCACCACAAGUCUGGGCAUGAAAAAAGUUGUACACUUACUGAGAACCAAUAGACACAAUUAAACGCCAAUACAAUGAACACGCAUUACGCAUCGUUGUGGGGGAUUCAGAAAUGAUGAAAAGUAUGAGAUCGAGAGUGCUUUCCUCCAUUCAAGGGAGGCGACCCUUCGCGUUCUUCGUUGGCAUUGCCGCCAGAAAGUGAUCCGUAUGGCACAAGCCGUCCGGUGUCUCCCUCCUCCAUAACCGAUGACAAGAGGGAUUGGAAGGCCUCAUUGUGGCUAAGAGUACGAUUCCUUGUUCGGGGCGCAUUCACUGCCACCCAGUGGAGUAACUCAGCUCGUUCCCGUCGAAGCUCUGCAUCUGUCAUUGUCAAGUCAAAGCCAUAUGACAUGACUUUCCUCGUUCUCACGUAUGGCCCGAACUUCUUCCAGUCUUCUGUACCACGUUGCAGGCGCACCAAAGAGCCUGUUUCGUUUGCCUGCAACACGGCUGGACUCACAAAGUGUUGGGACAGAACCGAUUCGUGAGCAUCGCUUUCAUACAUCACUUCGUGAACGACUGUGUGGGAGGGUGAAGUCGGAGGAUCGUACUCGUCUGAGACAUCAAUCUUCGUCCAUUUGGGUAGUCUCCUAACAUACUUUGUGGUAAAAAUGAAGUUGGCGACUGUCCCCGCAAUCAGACAAAUGAACCAGUAGUUGAACAAUGCGAUCUUGAACGGUGACCCAAUAGGGAUUCCGGCGAAGGUGUCAACCCCAGAGCGAUAGGCCUGUACUGCAUUAGUGUGCGAGAGGAUUGGAAAGAUGAAUGCAAAGUGUGCUGGUGAAAACGCUUUGUACUUGAAUGUUGGCCAUCUGGUCCACAGACUAUGAAGAGCAGAGGCCAUGCCCAUCAGGGAAAACACCAUCAUCCCAUGCAUGACAGGGACAUAGAGAUCGUGAUGUAUUAGUUCGAAAUGCUGCAUGAGGCUCGGGUCCGCCUCAAUCACCUCCUCUCGGUGGCGUGAAGGCUGGGCUAAGAUCGUCAUCGCAUACAUCGUGAUGCUGGGGGCACUCAACCCAAUGAAACACACGGGCGCAGCUAUCUUUUGGUUCGUCACAACUCGAAUGCUCCCGACAAAGAACAUGGUAAAGAAGUAAAACAUGCAAAGCUAUUCAAGGUCC